CUCUUUCUCUCUUCUUUAUUCGUUUUUCAAUGUCACAAAGUCAAGAUACUGCGACCCAGCUAUUCACCACCUUCAUUGGAAUAGUUUCUAAGUUCAAAGCUCUGGUGAAGAGUGAGUCUUCCUCAACAGAUGCGAAAAUAGAUACUGUAGUUUUCGACGAGUUGAAAGACACAGUUGCAGCAAUGAACUCCAAACUUGACGAGGAGGUGGAGUCGCGAAACGACAUCUUGCACGUACUCCCAUUGUACCAGCACGUCGGUGGUGAGUCGAGUCCGUUCGCGGACAUGCCGAUCAGACGCACGGUACAGCAUCUCCAAGAUGCUUCUGGUGCACCCAGAAAGUGGAGCUGGGAGCUCUUCAAGAUCUUGGGGUGCGACGUCCUCAAGGAAAGGUGGGAAGACUGCCUCCUGACCACCUUUAAAAAGAACGUAAAAGUGCAUUUGUUACCCGCAAUGGCAACAUGGUCAGAUCUUCCCUCCCAGAUCCAGAACGAAGCUGUGCUGUUGUUGGAGGGAGGAGUAGGUGUGGAUUUCCCGUUGAAAGCUUGUGUGGGCAACUGGGGCGCGCGCCUUCUGAUGGUUCACGCAUUCCAAAAAUGCAAAGUGAAAGAAGCCGUGGAACCUGAAGAAGGUGACGCCAGCUACUUCAACGGAUUCUACAGAAUCAAUGCUUCAGCUGAGGGAAGAUACGUUUUACUCCGUGUGUUCUUGUAUAGAUGAAGGCCUGUCGAAGCUGGUUCACUUACAUCUCACAGCUAACUAAUCACAUUCUCUUAUGAUGCAGCAUUUGCGACAAAGAAGUCUUGGCGCAGGACGAGCAGGUGGCCGUUUCUGCUGAAGUUCACGCUCUCACCAACGAGGUGAGCACAUCACCUUUGUGCACAGCUGUGCGAAUGGGCUUUGACACUCACCUGUCCAGCAAUGAGGACAACGAAUUUGCCGGUGCUAAAGCUUUGCCAGGUAGGAGUAAUGAUAGUAGCAGCAUCGAACCAAACAGUGUAGCAAAAACAUUAGGUUCAUCUUGCCAGAGUUGACUUCCUUGACAAAUCAUCUAACAUCUUUCUGAAGGCAAGAAACGUAGUUGCUCAGCGAAAGCUAGCAAUUCCCGUAGUCUGUCCAAAGCUGCAACUACGAAGAGAGUCAAGAAGACUUUGAAAAAUAGGAAAUCUCUUGAAUAAUCCUAUUAAUUUAUUUAAUAAACCAAAUUAUAAAAACCA